GCGAGCAGUGCGCAGGCGCCCACCUGCAGUGGCGCAGGGGCUGCGCGCCCACGCCCCGCGCCCUCAGUCUCGCCCGCCUACGGCUUUCCAGGCUUCCCUCGCACCACCCCGGUCUUUCCACCCUCCAGGCCCCGCCUCGCCGCGGCGCUUCUCGCCUCCUCCAGCUCUGCGGGCGAACUGCGUGUUGCUGCGUCAUCGCCAGUGGCCGGUUUGAAUGAGUCUGUUGUCGCACCCGAGCUACCGCCGACACCGUGCCUCUGUCUCAGCAGCUGCCACAGCUUCUUCGUGUCCCUUUUCCCGUCGCCGCCCUUGCCAGGCCAGCCUUCCUGCGCCACCGCCUUCCCUCUCGUCCCGCCAUGCCGCUAUACUCGGUUACUGUGAAAUGGGGAAAGGAGAAAUUCGAAGGUGUGGAAUUGAACACUGAUGAACCUCCAAUGGUGUUCAAGGCUCAGCUUUUUGCACUGACUGGAGUCCAGCCAGCCAGACAGAAAGUUAUGGUGAAAGGAGGAACAUUGAAGGAUGAUGAUUGGGGAAACAUCAAAAUAAAAAAUGGAAUGACUCUGCUAAUGAUGGGAUCAGCAGAUGCUCUUCCUGAGGAACCGUCAGCUAAAACUGUUUUCGUAGAAGAUAUGACAGAAGAACAGUUAGCAUCUGCUAUGGAAUUACCAUGCGGAUUGACAAACCUUGGUAACACUUGUUACAUGAAUGCUACAGUUCAGUGUAUUCGUUCUGUGCCUGAACUCAAAGAUGCCCUUAAAAGGUAUGCUGGUGCCUUGAGAGCUUCAGGGGAAAUGGCUUCGGCACAGUAUAUUACUGCAGCCCUUAGAGAUUUGUUUGAUUCCAUGGAUAAAACUUCUUCUAGUAUUCCACCUAUUAUUCUACUGCAGUUUUUGCACAUGGCUUUUCCACAGUUUGCAGAGAAGGGCGAACAAGGACAGUAUCUUCAACAGGAUGCUAAUGAAUGUUGGAUACAAAUGAUGCGAGUAUUGCAACAGAAAUUGGAAGCCAUAGAGGAUGAUUCUGUUAAAGAGACAGAUUCUUCAUCUGCAUCAGCAUUGACACCUUCUAAAAAGAAAAGUUUAAUUGAUCAGUUCUUUGGAGUUGAGUUUGAAACGACCAUGAAAUGUACAGAAUCUGAAGAAGAAGAAGUCACUAAAGGAAAGGAAAGUCAGCUUCAGCUUAGCUGUUUUAUCAAUCAAGAAGUCAAGUAUCUUUUUACAGGACUUAAAUUGGUAAGAACAAUUAGAGAAGAAAUCACCAAGCAGUCUCCAACAUUGCAAAGAAAUGCUUUGUAUAUCAAAUCAUAAGUUGUGCAUGUUUUGAAAUUGAAUUCCAUUUCAUUAAAAGAUAGCCGACUGCCUGCUUACUGUGACUAUUCAGAUGGUUCGAUUUUUUAUAAAGAGAAAGAAUCUGUGAAUGCUAAAGUUCUUAAGGAUGUUAAAUUUCCUCUUAUGUUGGAUGUGUACGAACUGUGUACACCAGAACUUCAAGAGAAAAUGAUCUCUUUUCGAUCAAAAUUCAAGGAUCUGGAAGAUAAAAAAGUGAAUCAGCAGACAAAGACAAGUGACACAAAGAGUAGUCCCCAGAAAGAAGUUAAGUAUGAACCUUUCUCUUUUGCUGAUGACAUUGGCUCCAAUAAUUGUGGAUACUAUGAUUUACAAGCAGUGCUGACACAUCAGGGAAGGUCUAGCUCUUCAGGUCAUUAUGUAUCAUGGGUGAAAAGGAAACAAGAUGAAUGGAUUAAGUUUGAUGAUGAUAAGGUCAGCAUCGUAACACCAGAAGAUAUUUUGCGGCUUUCUGGUGGUGGAGACUGGCAUAUAGCUUAUGUUUUACUCUAUGGGCCUCGCAGAGUUGAAAUAAUGGAAGAGGAAAGUGAACAGUAAUCUUCAUUUCAACUAUUUAUGCUUAGGUGUGAAAUAAAUGUUAUUUGUUGAUCAUUUUUAUAAUUCAGAACUUUAGAGGAAGAUAUGUAAGUGGUUUUAUUUCCCCUCAUGUGAAACAGAGAGGGUAGAAGAGACCACUCUGUAUCAACCUAUAAAAUUACAGAAAAAAUUGCCUUUGGAAUGUGCUGCCCUGAAUAAAGGUGGCAGGAAGACAUUUUUAAAAGUUUAUUUCUCCCAUUAAUUUUUAAAAAUUCUGAGUUGAAAUGGUUUUCAGCCAUUACCUUCUGUGAUAAUUCUCCCUGCCUUUUUUAGUUCAAGAUUCAGCAAUGAGAUGUUUAUUGCACACCUAUUACUCUGUUAUUUGUUGUUCUUGCAUGGUUCAAACCACAGGUAAUUCAGUAGCUGUCCAUCCUUUGCCUUAUCUAACAAAUUUUGCUAGGAAGAUGGAAAAGAAGUAUUGUUCUCAUUGUAUCUCAGUGCUGCUGUCCAUAUCCCAUGGAAACAUGGGUCCAAUCAAGUAUUUGUCCAGCCUGAUUGUUGCUGGCUGUUCAUGACUUUAAAAAUAAAUUGUGAUCAAUAGUACAUUUGAUUAUACAUUUAUUACUGUGUCUCUGAUGUACUAUGGUUUGUAUGUUUAACUUUGCAAUGGUUUUGUAGUAAUCAACCUUAAAAAAUGUUGACAGGCUCUGGUUGCUUAUUUUUAGAAAAUGGGGAUAUUUAAUAAAAAAAAGGGAUUAACAGUU